GAUAACUCCAACGAGCACUCGACAUGGUUGUACAACAUGCUUACGGUGUAUGACAUGUUUUAUGUUUAGAUAAUUAUUUACACAUCCAGUUAUGACAUUAUUUUCGCGAUCCUCAAGUUUCCUGUGGAAUUUGAGACGAGGACACAUUUUGAUCUUCCGCUGUCAGUCCACUCAACAGACCCCAAGGCAAACCAGGGCAUACAAGAAGAAGAAGACUUUUGGUGAAGGAGGCUAUGCCCUGCUGGUGAUUCCAGCAGCAGCCUUUUGUCUGGGGACAUGGCAGAUCCAAAGACGUAAAUGGAAGCUUGGUCUCAUCUCCGACCUUGAAAAGAAGACGACGCAGCCACCUGUUCCUCUUCCACUUGACUUUGAGGAGUUGAAGGAUCUUGAGUACCGCAGUGUGACGGUCCGUGGCCGGUUUGAUCACAGUCGAGAGAUGUACAUCGCUCCGCGGAGUAACGUGAUGACAGCGAGUCAGGGCGGACUUAUCAAUACAAACACACCUAGCCCUGGAUCCAACGUCGUCACACCGUUCAUACUCUCUGAUAGGGACUUGACCAUCCUGGUAAAUCGAGGGUGGGUUCCUGCCAAGAACCAGAAUCCUGCAACACGACCAGAAGGUCAGAUUUCGGAUGAGGUAGAGAUAGUCGGAGUUGUGCGUCAUGACGACCAGCGCAACCCAUUUAUGCCAAAGGGGAACCACAAAACGUCGGGGUUCUGGUUGUACCGGAGUGUCACCGAGAUGUCACAGGCAGCUGGAACAGCACCGGUCUUCAUUGAUGCAGAUAGAUACAGCACUGUGAAUGGAGGACCUAUCGGUGGACAGACCAGAGUCACCCUCAGGAACGAACACAUGUCAUACAUCAUCACAUGGUUUUCCUUGGGUCUUAUCACCUCGUUGAUGUGGUACCGGCGCUACUACAGACCACCCCCUCCAGACAGUGCCUUCACCUAUAUCAAGAAGCAGCGAUAAACCAAUGCUCCCUAGAAUAUCCCAUUAUACAUACAUAACAGUAAACCGAUGUUCCCUAGGAUACGCCACGAUACAUACAUAACAGUAAACCGAUGUUCCCUAGGAUACGCCACGAUACAUACAUAACAGUAAACUGAUGUUCCCUAGGAUACGCCACGAUACAUACA